AUGGCUUCCCCUUCACAGGACACAGAACUGGACGUAGAACUGGGGAUCCUGGAGACAGAGGUCUACAGAAGCGAGGCACAAUCAGCACCCCGAAAGGGCAUUCAGACCAGUUUCAGCGCCACAGCUGGUGAGGAGACCAGAAAGACGAAGAGGGCGGCGAAGAGGGCGGCGAAAAAGAAAGCUACGAUUCAGCUGUCGCAGGAGCGAGACUUGGAACAAGGCGAACAUGGGGCUGAACCUGAGCCAUCUCCGCCUUCAAGCAGCCAGAGGCUCUCGAGUAAGCUGCGGAGGAGUCUGUUCCUAGACUCCGCUUUGCCUUUCAAAGACAAGGGGGUCCAGACACCGGAGCCUUCGGAGACCGAAGCUGACUCGCAGCUUGGCUCUGAGCCCAUCAACGAUGCGAUCAACGAGGCAAAAGAUAAGAAGGAUGAUGAGGAGAAUGAAAAAAAUGCUGAGAAAAACGUCCACGGCACAAAGGAGAAUAUCGAUGAGAAAACUAAUAAGAACAGUCCUAAUGAAAGCACUGAUGGUACACAAAAAAGCGAUAAGAAGAAAGAUCAGAAGGAAAAGGACAAGGAGAAGAAGCCUGAGGACGGUAAGCAAACAGAAGAUAAGGGCAGACAAGCGGACGAGGAGAAGGCGUCUUCCUUGAAGCAUGGGAAAUUUUCCACGGAUGGACGAACGCAGGAAUUCGUGUACAUUCCAACUGCGGACUUUUCAGAGGACGUGAACAGCAGGUCCGCGGAUAUCUUUGACCAAGUCUUACGCCAUUGGAACCUUGCCAGGCCACAGCUCCUGAUCAAGUUUCAAUCAGGUUUCGCACAUCCAAAGAAAUUGCUGGCCAGAGACGAGAUUGACAAGUUUGAGAGCAUAGUUGCCAAUUCAAAUGAAGAGCCGGAAAUUUAUAAAUACUUCAAGCACUUCCUACUAUGCGUGCAGAACCGAAACUUUGCAAUUGCUGAAGAGGGUGGUGAGAUGCUGGAUGAGAAGGAAGAAGCGCUGAAUCUAUUGAAUGAGUUCCUCUUCAAGUCCUUGAGUAAUCUCAUAGAUGUCAUUGUCCGAGCAGCCGUGCGAAACCGUUGCUGGAUCUUGGUCGAGGGUGGCCCAAAUAGUGGCUUGCUGCUGUUGAAGCAAGCGGCUGAGCGGUGUAAAGAAUCCCCUGUGGUCUUGGUGCUGGACGGCGUGCGGCGCAAGCGAUUUGCUUACGCGGAGCUGAACGAGAAGAUCAAAGACUAUGCUGGACAUUCGGAAGUGCAGAAUUUGGACGACCUCGUGAAAUUGGAAGCAUCAAGUGAACCUGAAGACAACAAGAUAGUGAAAGAAGUGAUUGACAAGAUGCGUAAGCGAAUGCGCAUGAAAGGAUGGGAGAAAUUCAAAAAGAAGCAUGAUGACCAGGAGGCCAAAGAGGACAAAGGACGCAGACCUACUGUGGCCACUGUGGGUACUGUGGCCACAGCGGCCACUGACAAAAGUGUGAACACAGUGCAAAGUCAGACAUCACAGACUCUUAAAGAGGUCACCUUGAGGCCAUCUUGGGAUCACAUUGCGAGGUCAGCUUGA